UGAAACUGUUUUUUUUUUAUGGUAAUAUUAAAAUUCAAUUUUAAUUAUGUGCUGGUAAUGAAUUAUUCGAGCACUAUUAAUACAUGUAAUUGAUUAUACUUGAACUUAACCUGGUUAACCUUUGUCUCAAGUUAGAUCGGUAACCUCUUGUGACCGAGUUGCCGUUAAGUCAGUAAACUUGAAUUUUAAACAUCAACAUUACUACCUUUUUGUUUUCAUUUUGUUUAACUUUUCCUCUCUUUAUCUUUCUUUCUUUAUAUUUCACUUUCACUCUUGACCAUCAUCAUGCUAAAUCUGCAUUAAUCUUACAGUUAUCAGUCAUCAAAAUCUAUUUCAUAUUGUGAACCUUUAUCAUCAAGUGCAAUUCUUGGCCUUUUCACUUCUUCCAAACAAAGCCUAAAGCGAUCAACAACAUGAGCUUGAAACAGCUAAAACCUCGGCUUUAUCGUCAAUAUAACUUUCAACAGAUUCAUUCUCCUCCCAAUCGAGAAAGAUUUGAUUUUGCUAAGGAAAAGGCAUUUGAUUACAGUAAAAAAAGGAAGAGGCGGGAAGAAAAUAGCUUUUUUGUUUCUCUCAAUCAUCCAUUCAUCUGUACCUUUUCAUUUCUUCGUCUCACUUAUCAAUUCAAUUUCAUUUCUCCUCUUCUCAUUUAAUUACCACCUUAGUUAAACUUGAAACUUACCUUCAGUAAGCAACAAACAAUCCUGCAUCCAACUCACCAACAACUUGGACAAGAGAGAAAGUGAGAGAGACAUAAUCAUGUGGUAACAGCAAGAGAAGACAACAUCGCUAGUAUCGCUUGUUAUUUGCAAGAAAUUGCUAUUCAACUUCACGAAGGUCAUUUAUGUAAGAAAAAGAAAAAACGUUUUUUCAUUUUGUCCAUUUUUUGUUUAACUUUCCUUUCCUUUGUUCAAUCGACAACUUUGCCUGUUUUCCUCGCCUUCACUACAAUUUUGCAGCUCAAACAAACCACUUGUGAACAUACCCGAAUUUUAAUUAAUUAGCUCUUGAUUAACCAGCUAGUCAAAGCACUAGUCUACAAGUAAAAAUUUGGCAACGUUAACUUCUGGCCGUAUCCAAAAUGACAACAGAUUCAAAAAGUGAUGCCAUCAACAAUAUUGUCCACUUUUUUUUAAUACUUUACCAUUGGAUUGUUGGUAUAAUCUUGACUUUGGUUCCUCGUUCACUUCGAUAUAAAGAUGUCAAAGAUCAAACCGUUCUUAUUACCGGAGGUGGAAGUGGCUUGGGCCGUGCUUUAGCUUGCCGUUUUGCUGGCCUUGGUUGUCGCAUUGUAAUUUGGGAUAUUAAUGCUGCUGGUAUGAGUGAGACAGCAGCUCGAGUGAAAAAACUCGGUGCACCUGUGUUUACCUUUCAAGUCGACAUUUCGGAUCGACAGGCUGUCUAUGAAACUGCUGCACGAACCAAGCAAAUUGCUGGUCCCAUUUCAAUGGUUAUAAAUAACGCAGGUAUUGUAACUGGUAAACGUUUCAUAGAUCUGAAAGAUGAAGACAUUGAUAAAACAAUGGCUGUCAACUGUACCUCCAAUUUUUGGAUAAUCAAAUCAUUUUUACCGGACAUGAUGAAAGUCAAUAAAGGACACAUUGUAACCAUUUCAAGUGUUGCUGGACUCAGCGGUGGACCUCGAUUAGCCGAUUAUUGUGCCUCCAAAUUUGGCUCUUGUGGAAUCGACGAGUCUUUACGUUAUGAAAUGAAAACUGAGGGUUAUGAUGGAAUCCAUUGCACAGUCGUUUGUCCAUGGUUCAUCAACACUGGAAUGUUUGAUGGAGUCAAGACUAAAUACAUGGGCCUAUUGGAACAAGAUUAUGUUGCCGAUGAAAUUGUCUCUGGUAUUCUGGUUAACCAAGAAAUCAUUGUUGUCCCGAGAUUAAUUUACUUCUUAUUGUUCAUCAAAUCAUUUUUACCCACCCAAUCAUCCUAUUACAUCAUCAAAUUAAUUGGUGGUGAUACGGCAAUGAUGACUUUCCAUGGCAGACAUAAUAAAGUUAAACAAGGUUAACUAACAAUUUGAUCUCUCUCCCUUUUCAACCUAUUACUCUUGUUUUUGGUCCUGAUGUCUUUUUGGUUGCCAGCAACAGGGAAACCUAAAUUAUUAUUUCUGUGUGUUUCCACCCAAUUGUUUCUAUCUUCAACUUUUAAUAUCGUUAAUUGUACAAAGAACUGGUUAUGAUAAUGAUUAUGAUGAUAAUGAUAAAAUUUGAUAAGCGAUGGACUUCGA